CAGCCAGACGCUGCUUUGCCGCCCGUGCUGUGCUUUGCUGAGCUGCGGAGGCAUGGUAGGCUCCCUGGUGGCGCUCCUCCUGCUGGCGGCGUUCAGCCGCCCGGCGGUCGCGUAUCCUGAGCCGCAUCUGCACUUACUGUUUGGAGGCGACGCCUACGAACAACCCUCAGUUCGGCCAGCGCGAGGCCUGCUGGGUGGCAUCAUCAACGCUGCCACUGGCGGCAUCCUCAAACCAUUCGUCGCGCCGCUCGGUGGCAGUGGCUCCAGCGCCUCGAGCAACAGCUACAGCACCGGCGUCACUCUACCCUUCGGAAUAUCAGCGGGAUUCUCCGGAUCGGCAUCUAAUGCCGACUCUGGUGCUGGCUUCCCAUUCGGCGGUGGUGGCGGCGGCAGCUCCGCCGCUUCUGCAAGCUCCAGUGCUUCCUCAGGAAGUGGUGGCGGGGGAUAUGGAGGCGCUUCUUCCGGAGCAGCAAGUGAUGCGCAGGCAAACUCUUACGGGAACGGCUACGGUGUACCCGUUCCCAACUACGGAGGUUCAUCGUCGGGUGCCUCGAGCAACGCCCAGAGCUCAGCUGGCAGUGGUGGUGGAGGCGCGUCUUCUGGUGCAUCGAGCAGUGCUCAGAGCUCUGCUAACUCAUAUGGUAGUGGAUACGCCGCCCCUCCUCCAAAUGCUGGCGGGGCGUCUUCUGGAGCGUCGAGUAAUGCACAGAGCUCUGCUAAUUCAUACGGUAAUCAUGGCUUGCGCAGAUCUCCUUAUAUUGCAUCAGUAGGGGAAUUUCAAGGACCUCCUCUACCACCUCCAGGACCCAGAGGACCUCCACCACCCCCACCAUUUGCGGGCCCUCCAGGACCUCCACUUUUUGAAGGCCCUCCACCAUUUGAAGGUCCUCCACCUAGACCGCAUGGGCCACCAUAUGGACACGCUCAUGGUUUCCACAAGAAGCAUGAAGGAGGGUUCUAUAGACCUGAAGCAAAUUUCAUUGAAGGUGGCGUGUAUGGUGGUGGAGGUGGCCGAAGAGAGGGUACAGGUGGAGGUACCACUCAUAUAGUGCUUGUGCCUGUGGAAGUCACUGACGGAGGUGGUAGUGCAUUUGGAGGUGGUGGAUCAUCCAGCAAUUCCCAAUCACAAGCAAAUGCUGCUGGUGGAUACAGCCAAGGAGGAGGAGGUGGUGGUGGUGGUGGUGGAUGUCAAAGGGGAUGUGGAGGCCCCGUAGGGGUUCAAGGAGGUGUCCCAGCAUACUCUCAAGGUAACUAUGGUGUUGGUGGAUAUGGUGGAAGUGGAGGCAGUUCUACAAGUCAGAGCCAGAGUUCAGCCCAAGCUGCUAGUGGUUCAACAGGGCAAAGUGGAACUGUGGGUGGCUAUGCACCAAGUGGUGGACUAGGACUGAGUAGCCAAGGUGUUUCUCAAGGUGGAAGUGGAUCCUAUGGGCAGGGAGCACAGUAUGGAGGAGGAUAUGGACAAGGUGGAGCAGGAGGAAAUUACAACAGUGGUGCAGGAUAUGUUGGUAGUGGUGGUGGUGGGGGUAGUAGUGGUGGUGGUAUUGGUGGAGGUCUCAGUUCUGUUGGCAGUGUGGCAGCAUCAGGUAGCCAGAGCUCAUCCCAAGCUGGAAGCAGUUCUGUUGGUACUCAGUUAGGUGGUGGAUUUAACAGUGGAGGAGGCCUCAGUGGUGGCGGAUAUGGUGGAAGUGCUGGACAUGGAGGCAGUGGUUCAAAUGGUGGAGGGUAUGGAGUCCAAGGAGGUGGUUUGAAUUAUGGUGGAGGAUAUGGAGGACCUGGAGGUGGUGUCAGUGGCUCUUCCUCUGGAAGCAAAGCAUCAAGCAACGCUGUUAGUCAAGCUGGCACUGGUGGCUUCAGCAGUGGAGGCGAGUUUGGAGGUGGAGGCCUAGGCACUGCUGGAUCUGGUGGACUAGUCGGAGGUGGAGGAGGCUAUAAUGGUUACAACCAAGGUGGAGGCUACGGAGCUGUUGGAGGUGGCUCUUCCUCUGGUAGUAAGGCAUCGAGUAACGCUGCCAGCCAGAGUGGCAGCGGUGGUUUUAGCGGGGGAGGUGGUCUUCCAGCAGGCGGAGGAGGAUAUGGUGGUGUUGGAUCAACUUCUGGAGGUGGUGCUGGUGGUGGAGGCGCACUUAUGCCCCUCGAUCUAGCUGUGCAGGAAGUCUUUGGAGGUGGAGGUUCAUCCAGUGGGUCCCACAGUCAGUCGUCGUCUAGUUCCACGUCAGGAAGUGACGGUUUUGGAGGCAGCGGCUCUUCUAGUCAGAGCCAGUCGUCGUCUGGAUCCAGUUCCCUUGGUGGGGGCCACGGAGGUAGCAGAAGCUCCAGCAAGUCGUCAUCGUCUAGUUCAGCUGGAGGCGGUCCUGGAGGCUCCUAUUCCAGCUCUAAGAGCGAAGCCAGCUCUUCGGCUGGUAGCGACUCUUUCAUUUUUGCCAAGUGAAGAACAAUUUUUAAGUGCCUGAUUUUGAUAAAAAUAACACUUGUUAGUGUUCAACUAAUUUUCGAUCCCUAUAAUCAGUCAAUCGACGACGAAGAUGGGAAUUCUUUCGACCUUACUUGCUGAUGCCUAUUCGUUAGGGAUUGACUGUUUGCGAAAAUAUUUCUGACAAAUCAUAAAAUGCAACAACCUUCAUAAAGCGUACUGUCAACUCGGGCUAAAGGCACAGUGUCGUAAAUAAUUAUUGCUGUUCAAAAAUGAGGCUGCAUUAAAAGUGAUUUGCACAUACCUGUUACUGCCUUCCAUUAUAAGACCCCAUACCGACUCGGUAAAUUUAUGAAAUCAUUGCUUCUCCUGUGAUAGAAAAUUAUAGUAAAACAGUAUUUUUCAGGUCUCUCUUCCAUUAAAUACAUUAUCAGCUUUCCGCAGUGAAUCAUUAAUGAUAUGUUGUACAAGUAAUAGUACUGUCAGAGCUUCCUUCUGUGGUUUCACUCAUAUCAUAAUUCAUCUUACGAAGACCAUCUGUUUUUAAAGAAGAGAAAAAGUCGACCGUCUUCUGACUGAUUUGAUUAUUGUUAUUACGUAGACGGACGUCAGUAUUUGUUCAUCGUUGAGUAUCAUUGUGUAUGGUGAGGUGCUUAUUUCGUUACAAUGUAACUUUUUAGUGCCAUAAAUGAAAAAAAUUUAAUUUAAUUCUGAAAUGAAAUGUGCAGGGAUACUGUACGUGUCGCAGUAUUGCCCCAGAUGUUCGAGUAUAAUGCACACUGGCAUAUUUUUUUUAUUAAAGUUCUUCUUUGUACAAAACGCGCAGAACUGCUUGUUUUAAUUCCUACUCCUGAUUUGCGUCACUGUUCCGUCACAGAUUUUCGCCAAUUACUCUUGAAGGUCACCACCAACUGCGUCAAGAGCACGGGUUGCGUAAGCCCUUAACUAAAGGCUGCUGCGAGAGCACUGGGCAAUUAUUCCAGUGUGCCUUCACCUGCCGCUUCUCACUUGUUUAUUUUCGCCAGGUGCCCGUUCCCGCAGCAUCAGUUUCUUUGGACUGCUGCUUCAGAACCGCACUCCAAACGUCUAGUCCCAGACAAUGAAGGCAAUGCACGUCCAGUUCCACUUCGCUCUUCCAACAACACCUCCACGUUAAAUGUCUACCAAGGCUGAUAGGCAGUUACGCAGCAAUCUAGAACCGACUUGUCACGCGUCAGUCGUGAGGAAUAACAGUUUGCACAUGCAGCGCCAUAUGGCGUCCUCGUUGUUUGAUUGUGUCGUCGUGUUUUAACCUUUGUCUCCGAAGUAAAAGUAUCGCCGCGUAAGAAAAAUUUUACAUUCGAUUUCCGACAAUAUUUAUUUAACAUCAAGGUAUAAAAUGAAUUAUUUUCCUUUCUUGUUUGUUCAUUUCUCUCUUUCCAGUUGAGUUAGUGUUUUCCUCGCACGACACGUGCUGCACUGAAACAGUGAAAUUGAUUAAUUUUUUACUAAGAAAGAUUAAGACAUGGAAAGGUGUUCACGUGUAUUGGCAUGAGAAAGCUAUGAUUUUCAGAACAUCAACGUAACUCGAUAUUCAUAUGACAGUAUUAUUAUUUUAGGUUUCUAAAAGAGUUGAUGAGAAAAAAACCUUCAAAUGUUCCUCACGUUUUAACAUAAAGACAGCAUCGUGUGGUUUUUUAAGACUUCAUCAACAUUAAUGUUAGUCUCUAAUGUACGGUAUAUUAUUUAUGAGAAAAAUAAACCAUAAUAUGUUAUGUA